CCCCGCCCCCCACCCAUUCCCCUCUGCUCCGGGCCCCAGAACAAGCUGGUGGAGCGCUGCGAGCGGAUCCAGCUGCAGAGCGCGGCCAUCGCCCGGCACGUGGACGAGGUGCUGCCUGCCAAGGACCAGGCCGUCCUGAGCGCGGCCAGCGCGGCGCGGGAGCUGGUGAUCCAGAGGCUGCUGCUGGUGGGGAAGGCCUGUGAGAACGAGGAGCAGCGGCUGCUGGAGAGGGUGCACGCCGAGGAGGAGCGGGCACACCAGAGCAUCCUCACCCAGCAGGUGCACUGGACCGAGGCUCUGCACAAGCUGGGUGCCCUCCGCACCUACCUGGUGGACAUGAUCACCAACCUGGAUGACCAGGACCUGCUGCGUGCAGAGCAAGAGAUCUUCGAGAGGACGGAGGUGGCAGAGGGAAUCUUGGAGCCACAGGAGUCCCUGAAGUUAAACUUUAAUCAGACCUGUGUUCAGAGUCCACUGCUGCAUCGACUGUGGGCCUGUGCUGUGCUCUGCUGCCUCACAGGCUCACAGGAGAUUCACAUCGAUGAGAAAACCCUAAGCCCCCACCUCAGCCUGUCAGAAGACAAGAGAACCCUGACCUUCAGCCCCAAGAAAGCAAAGGUGGACUCGGACUGCCCCGAGCGGUUUGACCACUGGCCCAACGCUUUGGCCACUGCACCUUUCCACUCAGGGGUGUGUGCCUGGAAGGUCAGCGUGGAGCAGAGCUGUGCCUACAAGCUGGGGGUGUGCUACAGCUCCGUGCCCAGGAAGGGCUCUGCCAACGAAGGCCGCCUGGGCUUCAAUGCCGCCUCCUGGGUCUUCUCCCGCUACGACAAAGAAUUCCGGUUCCUGCACGCGGGGCAGCCCCAGCCCGUGGAGCUGAUCAAGGCCCCGGCACAGAUCGGGGUCCUGCUGGACUUUGCAGGGGGGGAGCUGCUCUUCUACGACCCCGACUCCUGCGCCAUCCUCUUCUCCCACCGCGAGGCCUUCCUGGAGCCCGUCUACCCCGUCUUUGCCGUGGCACACCAGAGCAUCUCGCUCCUCCCAUGAGCGGGGCGUGGCCGUGUGUGACUGUGUGCUCUGCGAGUGCCUGGGGGGAAAGGAGCUCGGGCAGGGCUCUGCCUGUGUCCAGGGGCCGCCAGACAACACCUGCCUUCACACUACACCUGUUCCUCGCGUGUUUUCUGCAGCUUUCCUCUCGUCCUGGAGCCAACACCCUGUGCUGGGGUGAGGGGUCUGAGAAUGCCUGGCUGGGCCACCUGCUCCUAGGUGAAUUGUUUGAUUUCUGCCCCACCAAAGGCAGCUUUCCAGUCUGCUGGUGGGCUGGAGAGAAGUAGUGAGAGAUACGUAUGGAGAAAUGGCAGGGAGGAGGCUUGUGGAAAGGGACAUGCUGUGCUCUACAACUCCUUGACAGGAGAGUGGAGCCAAGAGGGGUCAGGCUCUGCUCCCAAGCAACAGGGAAAGGACGAGGAAAUGCCUUCAAGUUGUGCCAGGAUUUAGGUUAGAUAGUGGAGAAAAUUUCUUCACUGAAAGGGUG